AUGUGCCCUGAUCUGAAGAUGGUGGCAGCAAAGAUCGAGCUCGCGAUCAAGGAAAGUCACUCAUUUGGCCAACUCGUUCACGACGCAGCUCGUGGUCGACCACAGGCGUAUACGAAGUGGAUUAUUUUGAAGUACGCCGAGAUACUCUUCGUAUCUAGAUAUGACUGGUUCCAACAAGGCACACUUGAGAGUCUGUCCCUGGCCAUUCGGUGCUACGCUGAGGCCGCGCAUGUCCUCUGUUUCGAGCCGGUCAAGGGCCUCAAGCUGGAACGAACGACACCUAAGUGCAUCGAGAGCGUCAUCAUCGACGAGAGGGUCAAGGACUCCGUUGAAGGCUCUGCGACGCCGACCGAGCUUGAUGCCCGGAAAGAAGCACUGCGGUCCUCUAUCAUGGCUCCAUUCUUCUGCGGGCCAUUGAACUCCAAGUUCAAAAAGCUGCGAAGUCUGGUCCACGAUACCGUAUCAAGAUGCGAUUGCUAA